CGGUUAACUCCCUUGCCUCGGGAGGACUUGCCUGACAACAUAGGACUAUUGGUCACCCUCCAUGACCUCAGUCCUGCUGAUUUGAGCCGAUUUCGCAAUGUCCGUGAUGACAAUAUAUUGUCUAAGGGGCAACCAGUUCUCUUUCAGACAGACGUUUGUGGCAAAGAGGCCUGACCAGGCGGAGCAGGUGGCGAUCUCCUCUUGCUGAUGUCACACCAGGCUGUCAAGUCCUUGAUCGGCCCUUAAGCUCAUUACUUGGCGAUGUUUCUGUGCCAGUCUGAUAAUAGCCGAAAGGUGGGGGAUCAUCCGCUGGGCAGGCAAGGUCUAGUCACGUGGUGUCUGUGAAGAGGACGUAAUUUGGGUGACCACGUGACAUGGAUGCGGGAGAGUGUUCGGUCAGUGCCCGGGAGCUGCCUGACGUUCGGUGGUAUAAAUCUCGUCGCUACCUUAUAGCAGUCAUCCUGUUCUUGGGAUUCUCACUGCAGAACACACUCAGGUCGAAUCUUAGUAUCGCCAUCGUGUGUAUGGUGAGGCAUGACGUCACAAAUACGUCACUGACUGACGUCAAUGGGUCGUCGUCUUCGGUUCCUGGAGAGCAGUGCAGGUCAUGGAGGAACCAAGGCGUAAAUGAGACCGAAGACGAGUUGCAAGGGGAAUUCACGUGGUCGAAGGAGCUGCAAGGAGUUCUUCUCGGUGGCUCUUUCUGGGGCUGCCUGGGUAUGCUCAUUUCCGGUGGCUGGCUGAGCGAACGUUUCGGUGCCACCAAAGUUAUCGCCCUUGGUAUGAUCCCUACUGCCAUAGCAACCAUCCUGUCCCCGGCAGCGGCAAGGAUCAGCCCCUACUUCCUGCUGUUCCUCAGGAUCACCGUUGGGUUCUGCUCCUCGGUAGUGUUCCCGUCUAUCCCGGUGUUCUGGGCGAGAUGGGCGCCCCCUGAUGAGUGGAUGAAGCUGCUGGGAUUCUCCUUGUCUGGGGGAGAGACUGGCAACGCGUAUGGCCAUCUCCUGAAUGGCUUCCUCUGUCGAUAUGGCUUUGCUGGAGGUUGGCCUUCCAUCUUCCACGUCACAGGUGGGGUGUGUCUGCUAUGGUGCAUCGUGUGGUCAGUCAUCGUCAGUGAUUCUCCCGGGCAGAGCAGAUGGAUAUCGGACACUGAGCGGAGGUACAUUGAAUGGAAGGUCCGAGACAGACUCAAGUCGAAACGGAAACAGAGUACCCCUUGGCUGUCCCUCUUGGGGUCGGGGCCAGUAUGGGCUUUGGUUCUCACCCACACCACAGCCAACUUCUUCCUCUAUCUCCUCUUCACCCAGUUACCAUCCUAUCUGAACGAGGUCACGGGGGUCAACUUCACAUCGAACGGUGUGUAUUCCAUGCUGCCUUACGUUUGUAUGAUCAUCGUCAUCAACGUCGCUAGUCACGUGUCUGACUGGCUCAUCCACAAGGUCAAGUUCACGGUGCGAACAACGCGCAGGCUGAUGAACUCUUUAGGUAUGUUUGGAUCAGGAGCUAUGGUGAUCAUUCUUGCGCAGGCGCAUUGUGGCUGGGAGGGGAUGUCGGUGUCAACACUCUGUCUCACCAUGGGGGCAUUUGGCUUCUGUUUUUGUGGUCACAUUUCCAACUUCGCCGACAUCACCCAGGCUCACUCCGGGACACUGGCAGGGGUCUCCGACACAAUAGCCAUCCUGUCCGGCAUCGCUGCGCCUUACGUGGUCUCCACCUUAACACCAAAUCGGACGAGAGAGGAAUGGCAGAAAGCUUUCUAUGUGGCAGCUGGGGUGAGCUUUGCAGGGGGCCUGAUAUUCGCUCUGUUCUCUGACGGGAAACCCCAGCCGUGGGACGUUCACGACCGCUCCACACAAGCAGUCAAGAGAAGACAUGAUGGCGAUUGUCUCCGGGAUGAAGAACUGGAUAUGUAUGAAUGUGACGUGGCAGCGGCUGACGAUGUUGCUGACGUUGGGGAUGGACCUUUGGAGACGUCAGCACGCCUGCUGAGGGAAGGGUGUGUGGUGCUGGAGAGGGGACAGAACAUGGGUUCUGGAGACACGGGGCAGAAGGUCGUAAGGGGUCAAGGUCAUGGUCGAGGCUUGGUUGAAGAAGACGCGGUGGCCGACACCCUGCUCAAUCUGCCUAAAGAGAAGAAUGUGUCAUGUAGAAGAGGUUCAAAAUGAAUCUUCGUGAAUGUCCGGUACUGAUUAGAUUUUGGUUUGGUUUGGUUUGGUGUUUUACGCCGCACUCAGCAAUAUUCCAAUAUUCCACCAAUAUUAUGACGGCGGUCUGUAGAUAAUCGAGUCUGGACCAGACAAUUCAGUGAUUUACA